AGGGAAAAUAGUGCAUUGUUAUAUUUCAAUUGUUUUAAAUGACAUUUCCCUAUUGUUGUCAUUUUUAUAUUGUUGAUGAUGAUGAUGAUGAUGAUGAUGAUGAUGAUGAUGACAUCAAAUUCAACUGAUUCUACGUCUUCUAUCUGAUUCCCAACCAGUUGGUAUCCAUCAUGCUCCCUCUUAAUAAAGUUGUCUAACAAUGCUAUCAUUAACAUCAUAAGUUGGGGGGGAGUUGGAAGUUUGUUGGCUAUGGAGUAAAAGGGGGGAUGACUGGAUGGGUUUGGUGAUGGUGGAGUUAAGGAGUUUUCUUGAUCUUCCCUCCUCAGCAUCCCUCUGUCUGAACUCACUAGUAACAGUUGCCAUGGAAACUGGAUGUUGAAUUGUAGCAUGAAUGUAAGGCGCUUCCUGAAAUAGAUUUCUUUCUCACUUAGAGGCGCACAUGUUUAUAAAAAAUACGUUCAUGUUUAACCACGCAACAAACUGACAACAGAAUAUAUAAGGACGUGCCCUUGUCAGUCAUGAAAAAUGUCAAUAGUUGUAUGCACUUUGCCAUCAAAAAAUGACCAGACUACAUUAUCACAUCCCAAUAUUGAUACGUAGUUUGCAUAUGCAAAUUAUUAUAUUUACAUGAUAUACCUGUCAAAGUAUUGCAGUGUUGUUUGCAGUUCGAAUCGUUUGGGUUUUCAUACUUCGUGCAUUUGUCUGGAGAAGUAAUGUACGUCAUGAGCUGAAUGACGUUUGUUGCUGGCUGAGUCCUCGCGACCAGGGGGAGCCAGGCAAGCAGGCUGGCGGUGUGGCGGACAACGCGCACCGAAGUAGUCGGGCGUUUAUGGAAACAGGAAGCCAAGGGAAAGCAAAGCAAAGGAUUAAAGUCGGGUCUCCGUUUACCUUCAAAGGGUGCCUUGCUUGUCGACUUAUGAUAUAAUGUGUAUUUUACCAUUUGAAACACUGGUGGGCGAGUAUGGAAGGUAACGAGAGGACUUCUGGCGCUUUGGGCACGAGUACAGUCAGACUUUCGUUUAGGUUCAACAGUGCAUAUUAGUUCACAACGAGUUCACUGCAGAAGAGCUCUCGGUGGCUAGUUUUCUAUUCAUUUUAAAUUACGCUGCUAGCUAGCUUACGAAUAACAGUAAAUUAAGUUAGCGGGCUAGCUGCCUUUUGCUUUUAAAAAGAAGGUGAAAUCCCAUAUGCGAUUAUUUCCGUUAGCGUAACGUCGUUGUUAUUACAACGCUACACUUGUUAUAGCAACUGCUCUAUCGUGGAAAAAAAUACUUGGUAACUAUCACAAGUCGACGGACAUUAGCAAAACACACAGGUAAAGGCCAUCGAUACUCCGUUAGCUGCUCGCUAGCAGCGUACUACAGAUAACAAGCUGACGUUAAUGUCAACUAAUAUGGAGGAAGAGAUGCAUGUGUUGUCAGUGCAGUGUUACAUAAUUGCAAAACAGAAUCGUAAUCGCUGGUCUCGCCUGCUUUUUGACGGCACGCAAGCCGACUUUUGACAUCUUGGAUAAAAAUACUUAUGGCUGUGAACUGAGAUCUUGGAGAAGCCAAGCGAAAUGGACUCAAACACACUCAUAAGUGCCAUGGACCCCUCCAUCACCCUGUGGCAGUUCCUGCUGCACCUGUUGGAGAACCACAGCCACAGCCACUUGAUCUCCUGGACCCCCAACGGGGACGGCGAGUUCAAGCUGCUGGACGCGGAGGAGGUGGCGCGCCUCUGGGGGCUGCGCAAGAACAAGACCAACAUGAACUACGACAAGCUCAGCCGAGCCCUGCGCUAUUACUAUGACAAGGUUGUUCCCCUGCGCUACUACUACGACAAGAACAUCAUCAAGAAGGUGAGUGGCCAGAAGUUCGUCUACAAGUUUGUGAACUCCCCUGACCCGUCGUCGGCCGAGGGGGCGCGAGGUCCUGAGGAGCCCGGCAGAGAGGGCAUGUCUCCCGACGCCACCCUGCAGUCCAAGCCCACCACCCCGGGCGGCGUCAUUCUGACUGGCGCCGCCAGCCCAGGAGGGUUGUCGUCAUCGUCUGCAGCUGGCAGCCCCUCCGGCCUCUGUAAGAGCUUGCAGGUGGGCCAGAGGCCCUCGCCCAGCAUCGUGCAGCGCAACUCCCGCAACGACUACAUGAAGUCGGGCCUCUACUCCACCUUCACCAUCCAGUCGCUCAAGAGCCCGCCCAAGCCCCAGAGGAGCGAGGGAGCCCCCCACCUGUCGCCAGAGGUGGUUCCCAAGGCUGCGCCAACGCCGCCAUCCACCGCCUCCACGGUUCCCACCGCUGCUGUUGCUGCUGCUGCUGCUCCUGCUCUGGCUACACCUGAUGUGGCUCUGUGCGAGUUGCGUCUGUGCAGCCCCGAGGUGCAGCCGAGUCCCCUGCCCCCAAGUCACAGCAGCGGGGCGGAGAGCGGCCUCCAGGUCAUCGUCACCCAGCCCUCGCCCUGCGCCACCCCCGCACUCAGCCCCCAGACACCCUCCGGAUCCACUACCGGCACCACGAUCCCUACCCACCACAGCCAGCCCACCCAGACGAUGACGGAGUCGCCGCACAUCUUCGUGACGAGCAUCUCGGGCGAGCAGGGCGGCUACGUUCUGAACCAGGGGGGAGCGGCCCCGCAGCUCUACGUGGUCAUCAAGCCCUCGGGCCUCAGUGGAGCCAACAAAGACGACGACAGCGACGACCUACUGGAGAUCGUGGCCCUGGAACAGAAGCCCUGCGUGGAGCAGGCCGUGGAGCCGGUGUCCAUAUCGCAGGAUGUGGAGGCCCCCACCCCGGUGGACGGCCCCCCUCCCUGCGUGGAGGCGGCCAACCACACAGACAGGCCAAAGGAGUCAGACGCAGACGCCAAAGUCAAGCUGGAAGAGAGCUCAUCGGCGGGCAGCCAGCAGCAGACUGUGCUGGUGAGCACCUCCUCCUCCUCCUCCUCCUCCUCCUCCAUAUCCAGCGCCUCGUCUCAGGAGGCGGGCCACCCGCCCAAGGCCAAAAAGCCGCGGGGGCUGGAGCUACCGUCAUCGCCCACGCUGCCGCCGGGUCUCUCCCUGGACAAGGUCAACGCUGCGGUCAACAGCCUACUGGCCCCCGGCAGCGCCACCAACACACUCACGCCCACCGUCAUCACCUCACACGCCCUGACGCCGGUGCUGCUGACUCCCAGCCCCCUGCCCUCCACUAUCCACUUCUGGAGCACGCUCAGUCCCAUCGCCCCUCGGAGUCCUGCCAAGCUCUCCUUCCAGUUCCCCUCCAACGGCAGCAGUCAGAUCCACAUCCCGGCCCUGAGUGUGGACGGCCUCUCCACUCCUGUGGUGCUGUCUCCCGGCCCCCAGAAGCCCUGAGCAGCUGCCCUCCCCAUAAGGCUCCCAGCAGCCCCCUGCCUGCCCUGCUCUCGCUUCCUGGAGUUUCACCCGGCCCGGCCAAUGACAGGCCAAG